CCAGAAGUGACGGCCCAUAGGUGGAUGGCGUACGUUGGUAUCUGCUGCUGAUGAUGGCUGUAAUUUCCAUGUCUCUACAGCAACUCGCCCUGGUCUCUCUGACUGUGAUCGCGCGUGGACCUGUACGAUUGCAUGUCUUCUUAGUCGAGAGAAUCGCAGCAUAUCACGUAGCACAUGGCGCUGGGGAACGAUGUUUCUGUAGGACACGUAUGGCCGUUUUAGACAACAACGAAUCAAUUGUUCUCUAUCCCUCCUUGUAAACAGUCAACCACAUACAUAUAGACCAACACUCCCCAUAGACGGACCGACAUUCAUAUAUUUAGGACAGCUUCCAGGAGCUCAACCCAGACCAGUUCCCCUCUUCCCAGCAUACAGACUCCGGAUCUGCAUGCUACUUUCAAUUUUAGUAAGUCUUUCAAUAGCAUGUACGUAGUAACCAGAUCCUAUUGAAAAAGGAGCAACUGAACAUCGUCCGGGACUUACAAUUCACGAACACACACACACGAGAGAGAGAGAGAGAGAGAGGAACACACACACACGAGUGAGAGAGAGAAAGAGAGAGAGAGAUGGCGAUGACAGGAAUGGAUGGCUCGAGAAUUAAAAAUUUUGUUGAGAGCGACAGAACCUUCAAUGCCUACGUUGACACGAAGUUUAACGCACUGGACACCGACCAUGACGGCUCACUUACUCAGAGCGAGCUAAAGCCUAUGGUUCAGAGUCUUGGCGAUGCACUUGGAUUGCCCCCGAUAGGAUCGUCUGCUGAGACGGACCACAUUUACCAGGAGGUCUUUUCAGAAUUUAGCAAAGGAGCGGCUGUGAGCAAGGAUGUCUUCGGGAGGGUGUUGAAGGACAUCUUGCUGGGUUUAGCGGAUGGGCUGGAAAGAGAUCCAAUUUCUGUCAUCCAGUUUGAUGGCACAAGGUUGCGGGAGUAUGCUAGUUCACCACAAUACGAGGUUGAGGCACUAUCGGUGUUCACUCGACUUGAUGUCAAGCAGGAUGGACGAUUGCCAGCUAGCCGCUUGCUUGACGCAUUACCUUCAAUAUCCGUCAUCAAAGGCAUGCCGCCGGCUGAUGAUCCCAAGAUAAGGGGGUUGGUACAUUAUGCACUCCGAGCAGCUCGAGUGGAUUCCCGGAAGAAUUUGGAUCAAAUGCAGUUUGUGGACACUCUUCGAAAGUUCCUUCUGAGCAUGGCUGAUGGGCUGAAAACACAUCCCAUGAAAGUAGCACACAGCGAGAAGCUGUAUGACGGGGAGAGCAUCAAAAAGCUACUAAAAAAUGAAGAAGAGUUGCGCAAGGCUUUGGAUGAGACUUGGAGGCGAAUGCCCAAAGACAACCGUUAUAAGGCUUCAAAAGAUUACUUGCGUAUUGGUGUCGAUGAAAUGGGACCAGCGGCCGGACUGCCUCCUGUUGGUUCUGUGGAAGAGGUCGAUGAUGUGCUACAACAAAUAUUUGAAAAAUUCAACUUGGACGACGGGGAGAGUAUUAGUCAAGAAGAUUUUGAGAAGUGUAUGAUGGAAGUUUUAGGAAGUUUAAUGCUCCAACUAGAAGGGAAGCCGAUUUCUAUCAAAUCCAGCAAGAUUGUAGAUGAGUAGCUUCAGGAUAAACUUCAACUUUAGUGGUAUCACGGACGAUGAAUUGCCAAGCUCAGAUGAGCUCAUGUGUAUAAGUUCUGCUAACGACAAACUCGUAAGUUACAAUAAUCAAUUUUACUUCACAUUGCAUUGCA